AUGUCGCUGCUCUCCGGUCCCCGCGGAGCAGCGCCGGGUUCAGCGCGGCUAAGGCGGAGCAGCCGCCCCUCGCCGGACACCCCCUCGGCGUGGCGCGGGGCCUCCCAUGGCGCCGGCGGCGCACACCUGGCUGUGGGACAGGUGCCGGGCUCCCCCGGCGAUGCUCCAACCCCCGCAGCCCGGACUCCUCCCGCCCCGCCUCCGCUCCCCCUGCCCGGCGCGCCGGGGGAAGCCCCGCCCGCCGGGGAAGGGAACGCCUGCGCGGAGGGGGGCGAGGGGCGGCCGCCGCCGGGCGCCAUUUUGAAUCGCCUCAGCGCCUGUGGCGGCGGGCGGCGGUGUUCGCUUGGCUCAGCAGCGGAGGCGCUCCGGGAAUGGGGCUGUGGCUGUGGCUGUGGCGGAGGGUGCUGGUUCCGAGGAGAUCCCGGAACGGAGGGGAGCGGGGCUGUGGCUGAAGGCGCUCAUUCCGAGGCGCCCGGUCUCGGCGGGAGCUGCUUUUUAGCCGCCAGGCGCUGCAGCCCGUCCCGCGUUACUGCCAGGGCCAGGCCUAGCCGCCCCCGGGGGAAGCAGGUGGGUGGGCGAGCUACACUCGUGUUGCCGCCGGCGUUUAAGAGGAAAACAAAACUCAGUGAGUUUACAGGUGUCGGCUACGGAGCGUGUGUGGGCAUCAUGUGCAGUGCACCCUUUCACCGUUCGCAUGGUGGAGCUGUGCACACCCUGCUCUACCCCCACGCUGAUUUCCGAGCAGUCAGCACCUGACCGGAGCAGAGCUGUCGUGUUUUCUUAUCAUCUGUGAAACUCGGCACUGCUUUUGUUUUCUGCAAAGGUCAUAUGUUUUGCACCUAGAGUCGGUGAUCAUGUCUCUAGAACGGUGUCCCCCAUCUGAACCCAGGAUUUAAGCACUCUCGUCACCUCACACGUCUCAUGUCUGCACUGAAGCUGGAAGUGGGAGGGCAGCAGACGCAGAAAUAUCUGAACUUGUGUUGGUGUAGCCGGUUUGCUGUGAAGCAGUGCAAACCCAUGAUUAUUCAAGCUUUUAUAUGGGCAAGUUACACUUGAAUGAAUCGUGAGAGGCUGAGGUAAAGCUGUACAGAAGUACUUGCCACCAUGACCCUGUUGACACUGAUUCCAUACUAUAAAUAUAAGAAUUCGAUCAUUAUGAAACUGCUCUGAAAAUCUACCAUCAAUCAAAAAUUAUAUCUCUGCAGAUAGUUUGUUUCUGUGACUGGAUCAGUCCUUGGUCUCCUGUAUUUCUAAGAUGAGUAUCAACAUAAAAUGAUUUAAGAUUGGCACUAAUUUUUCCAUAUCUUCUUUUGGAAAUGACUACUAUCUCUGUAAAAGAGCUUCCAUAUUAAAUGUAAAUAAAUAAAGGUAAAUAAAAGCAAACCAAUUUUGAGGCAUUAUAAACUUGCUUAUUUGCAAAAGAUUUUUGGAGCAUAUACUGUCACUAAUUUCUUUUUCUGUAUUAAAUUUUUUUCUUCUGUUUUUGAGAGUGUGAAUCAAUUCUUCUGUUGGAGCAACCAGAAGAGAGUAUUGUCAUCAUGAUGUAUCAUUGUACCUAGGUCAGUUGUUUGGUU